CUCCAAUUUGACAGCUUCUCCUUAUCCCCCAUCUUUCCACCCUCUCAACUACCAUUCACUAAGACUACAUAACCUAGCUUCCUCCUCUUCGUUGCAAGCAUUGUGACGUAUUUUCACCCAUCACCAACAAACAUGGCAACAAUCACUCUUCCACCAUCGGAUGCAAAAUAUAGAUUCAGCAUUGUGCCAAACAUCUUCAAACAAGCUCUUGCUGAUACUGAUGCUGAUGCUUUUGAUUAUGCAAAGGAAAACUUCGGUCUCAUAGACCAAGUAUAUCCUUCAGAUGACACACUGGAGGACGCAAGUGGAAAAACACAAUGGCAGAGGUUCGAACACUACAUUCAUGAGUUGAACAAAAAUGCUUCUCCAGGCGUCGAGUACAAAGUCCUCUACCUCGGUCGCCACGGUCAAGGAUACCACAAUGUCGCUGAAACACGCUAUGGCACUAAGUUAUGGGAUUCAUACUGGGCAAAACAAGAAGGAGACGAACACGCCAAUUGGGCAGACGCCCAUCUCACCCCCAUCGGCAAACAGCAAGCUCUAGACGUAAACACCUUCUGGCGCUCCGCUCUAGCACAAGCCAAAAUCCCAGCCCCAGAAAUCUACUACACCUCCCCCUUUUACCGCUGUCUUCAAACCUCUUGGCUAUCCUUCCACGACCUACCACUCCCUUCCUCUCGUCCUUUUACACCCAUCGUCGUCGAAGGCCUUCGCGAAACAAAUGGCGUACACACUUGUGACCGCCGUGGCCCUAGCUCUAUUAUCCGUGCCGACUUUCCCAGCUACAGUUUGGAUCCUGCACUCCCGGAGACUGAUGAAACAUGGACGCCCGAGUACAGAGAAAAGCCCACGGAACACAUCCUUCGCGAACACGCUUUCUUGGAAAAGGUUUGGGGAGAACGGGAGGGUGUGCAGUGGGUGAGCUUUACAGCGCAUUCGGGGACUUGUGCGGCUGUUUUGGGGGCGGUGGGCCACAGGAGGUUUGGAUUGCCUACUGGAGGUGUCAUUCCUAUAGUCGUCAAGGGUGAGAAGUUAAAGGCUUAGAGAAGUGUUUUACAAAAGGGGAAAUUGCAAGAGGAAAAGGAGAGAGGAACAGGGCAAAUUAGAAAAGGAAUAGAUUGAGUGGAACGUCUGUCCGCGUCAUUGAUAUUUGCUUCUUUCGUAGCACGAUAUGAUGUUGCGAGAGAGAUGGUGGUGAACGUGUCGGCAUACGACAACAUACUUUAGAUGAACAACGUUCGAAAUCGCACAUACCAUUAAUCAUGACCGCAUUAUCAAU